UUUGUUUAAAGAACUCUGCGACAGUUUAGCCGCUAUCGGGAAAAAAGUACCCGAUGAAGAAAAAGUCUUUUGUCUCCUUACCAGUCUGGGACCCCAGUACGAAACGUUUACUACGACGAUGCUUAAACCACCGCGACCCAAUUUUAAUGAACUGGUCUCUCAACUUAAGAAUUUAGACCAGCGACGAGUGUGGUUUUCCACACAGAACGAAUCUGGUCUUGAUCAAAUUUCGCAUGUGGCUUUUUAUGGAAAUCAACAGAAUUCAUCCAGUAAUUCCUCGAAUCGGCGUCCUAGAUUUAAUUCCCAAGGGCGUGGUUUUCAAGCCCAGAAAACGCAAAACCCUUUUCCAAACAAAGAGUCGUAUUCUUCCCAACGGCGACCUCCCCCGGCUGGUCGUAGAAGAAUGACACCAGCUGAACGAGAGCUGUAUAAGAACGAAGUGUGUCAAUACUGCAACAGAGAUGGUCACAUCGCGAAGAUUUGCUGGUGGAUUCCACAAGAAAAACAAAGCAGCCCUGCUCAAGCUCUUUCGGCACUCACAUUGGAUACUGAUGUUGUAGAUACUGACUGGGUUGCAGACUCUGGUGCAUCGAAUCAUAUGACAGGAUCGACAGACGGGACAGGUACUGCUACAAGGGCCACGGAAAAAUAACCUUUAUAUCUUGUCAGGGAAUCCGAAAGCAUAUUUUUCCAAUCGAUUUAGGUCUGGA